UUUGAUAAUUUUAUGUAGACAUAAAGAAAUUAAAUCCUUAAUGAAUACAUUGUUAGAAGAUCAUUGUCAACCGCAAGAUAUUUCUGAACUUGAGAUACAACAGAAAUUUGAUGAAGUUGCCAAGAAAGUCACCGUCACUUAUUCAACUGCAGUUGGAAUUUCUGUAGUUUUGAUGUAUUCAAUAUUUUUUAUGAAAGAAGGUGAUGAAAGAGUUAAAAUUCUUAAUACAUGGCGACCAUAUAAAUUAAAAGAAGAAAAUUUGUUUCUAACAUGGGUUCAUGAAUUUAUUGGCCAUUUUGCAAUAGCAACUGUUCAUAUGGCCGUAGAUUCUUUGGUGCCUGGUUUUAUUAUUCUGACAUGUUGUCAAUUGUAUUUUUUGCAGCAUCGAUUGGAUAAUUUUUCUUAUCAAGUUGAAAAUAAUCAAAAAUCUUUACAUUCAAAUAAAAAUAAACAGGAAUUCGAGUUAUUUUAUAUUUCAAAAUUUGUUAUACAUCAUAAUAUAAUAUUUCGAUAUGCGGAAAAAAUCAAAAAUAUAUUCGUCGAAGUAUUAUUCGCACAAUUUUUUUCAAGUUUAGUUGUCAUUUGUCUAACAGUGUACAAACUCUCAAAGGAACCACUGAGUUUUGAUAGUGUAUUAUUACUUGUUCCAUAUAUGAUUUGCAUGUUGAUGCAACUUUUCAUUUAUUGUUGGUUUUCUAAUGAAUUAAUGCUUAAUAGUAAAGAUUUGCAGACAGCAAUUUUUGAAACAAAUUGGCUUUAUUUUGAAAAUGAAACGAAAAAAAGCCUUUUAAUAAUAAUGAUUCGUUGCAAAAAGCCUAUUUUAAUUUCUAUUGGUUCAUUUGUAUUUGUCAAUUUAAAUUCCUUCGCAUCGAUUCUGAAGGCUUCGUAUUCAGCAUACAAUGUAUUACAUGAAAAAAUUAAAUCUUUAAUGAGUACAUUGUUAGAGGAUCAUUGUCAACCGCAAGAUACUGUUGAACUCGACAUACAAAUGAAAUUUGAUGAGAUGGCCAAAAAAGUUAUCACCACUUAUUCAAUUCCGGUUGGAAUUGCUGUAUUUUCAAUGUAUACAAUAAUUUUUAUAAAAGAAGGUGACGAAAGAACAAAAGCUCUUAAUACUUGGCGACCAUAUGAAUUAAAUGAAGAAAAUUUUUUAAUAACGUGGAUUCAUGAGCUUAUUGGUCAUUUUGCAAUAGCAAGCGUUCAUGUGGCUGUAGAUUCUUUGGUGGCUGGUUUUAUUAUUCAAACAUGUUGCCAAUUGCAUUUUUUGCAACAUCGAUUAAAUAAGUUUCCUCAUCAAGUUAAAAAUGUGAAAAAAAUUUUACAUUCAAAUAUAAGUAAACAAAAAUUUGAAUCAUGUUUUAUUUCAAAAUUUGUUAUUCAUCAUAAUACAAUAUUUAGUAAGAGAGUUCUCUCCGUGUAUGUAUUAUAUUUAAAGAAAUAUUUAAAAAUUAUUUUAUUUUUCAAAAAAAACAGGUAUGCAGAAAAAAUCAAAAAUAUAUUCGUGGAAGUAUUAUUUGCACAAUUUUUUUCAAGUUUAGUUGUCAUUUGUCUGACUGUGUACAAAUUUUCGAGGGAACCCAUGAAUUUUGAAAGUAUAUUAGUACUUGUUCCUUAUUUAAUUUGUAUGUUGGUGCAACUAUUGAUUUAUUGCUGGUUUUCCAAUGAAUUAAUGAUUAAUGGUAGAGAUUUGCAGGAUGCAAUUUUCAAUACAAAUUGGCUUUAUUUUGGAAAAGAAACGAAAAAGAGUCUUCUAAUAAUAAUGAUUCGUUGUAAAAAGCCUAUUUUAAUUUCUAUUGGUUCACUUGUAUUUGUUAAUUUGAAUUCUUUUGGAUCGAUUCUGAAGGCUUCAUAUUCAGCAUACAAUGUUUUGCAACAUUCAUUAUAAAACUUAUCAUUUUUUAUAUUGUAAAAAUAUUAUUCAUGUACAAUCGAAGUUUGGAAGAUGUAAAAAAAAGACAUAUUCGACAUUUUAUG